AGCAUUCCCCAAGGAAAGCAAACUCAACUUCCAUGGCCAUUUCUCACCGCAACCAUGAAACUUGCAUCAGAUCCUUGAACUCGAGCUCUGCCAUUGGAUCAACUGCUUGAGGUUGAGACUUUAAAGCUGGUCAAAUCUCUAGAGCCCGCAGGAUCUCUGGCAUGAGGCUGAGGGAAAAGAAAUAAAAUUUAAGUUUCAGGGUCGUGGGAGGCAUGCACUUGCCCCAACACCGACUCCCAUUUCAAAACCCCUCUCCGUUUGCAUUUUCCGCGGAGAGCCACCAAGCCAAAGAUUUCAAAACACACCCCCAAGCAAUAAAAUAAAGUACGCAUCUUCGCCGGCCUUCUUCUUCGCAUAGACUGGUCUUUUCCACUUUUCCCUCUCACCGAAAUAACAUCUUCCUUUGCUCAUCUCUCUCACUGCAGGGCUUUCUGGUUUCUACUCACCUCUCCCAUUAAUUCACUCAUUAUUUCUUCACGAGCUUCCUCUCAUUUCCUCAGCGGAUCUCUCUACCCAUGAAUGCCCCCUGCCCAUAAAUGACGUCCCCAGAUGUUGUAACGGGAACAUAGUCCCAAUGGCUUAGGAGAUACUUUUGGGGUCCAAGCGUAAGAAAAAGAAGUCGGUUGCUCCCCUUUUGGCGGAACUCCAGAAUGGGUAUGCACCGUUUGUGUUUUUGUUCUGGUGUUGGGAAGUCAGAGAGGAUGAAAGGCAGCAUUUUCUGUAGCAAAGGACCAGCAAUGGCGAAUGUUUGUGGGGGGACGGGGUUCUUCAUACACAGGGCUCUACUGCUAACAACCCACAGCAACCUUCCGUCUGUCUCGGCUGCAGAGGGUGUGGAUAUCCAACUGCAGUGCCAGAGUUCUGCCAAGCUGAUGCCUCAUAGAUUUUUUAUUACCAGUUCCGUUCUCGAUUUGACAGUGGUUGGAUUUGAUAUCAUGGAAACCUGUAGCAUGAGCCAUGUCCAGCAGCCUCAUCAUUUGAAGACAUGUUCUCAUCCAUGCCUUGAAUUGGGCAGUAUGGUUUACCUCCUAGGUCGUACAAACAAGAAGGAUUUAACAGUUGGUGAUGGGAAGGUGGUGAUUGCAACUGACAAUCUGAUAAAAAUAGCUACCGAUGGAGUAAAAUGGACUCCUGGAUCUGCUGGUUUUGAUGCCCAGGGAAACCUGGCUUUCAUGGUCUGCGAUCCAAUGAAGCUAGCUUCAUCUCCAGCCACAAGAUCUUCGUCAACGGCCUCAUCAACCUCGUCCAUGAAGGACCAUUCCACACAAUUUGGCAUUCCCAUUCCAAUCAUAUGUCAGUGGCUGAACCAACAUUGGGAGGGCACCUUGGAUGAGCUUAGCAAGCCCAGGUUGCCACUCAUACAUUUGGUGUCUACAGGACAAAAGAGUGAACCUUCAAGUGCUUCUUUCACCCGUCGUAGAAUUUUUAAAUCGGAGGAGGAAGUUGAUACUCUGUCUUCUCACAUUUGUUCUAAGCAUGUAAAUCACCAUGCAUCAAGUGGAUUAGCCACUUCUACAGCACGUGGAGAACGAACCCGUGCAGUUCAUAAGCAGGGCAUCCCAACGCCAGUGAUUUACGAGUCCCCAAUGUUGGCCGCAGGUUGUAUUAGUAAAACUGAAAAUCCUCAGGUUCAGAUCUCAGAUAUCAACUUUCCACACAAGAAUUCGGAAGCUGUAGUCCUUCCACUUUUGAUCAGAGGGAGAUCAACCCAAGCAAGCAUUCCUAGACAGUUGAUCACAAGCCAUCAUGAUGGCAAUCAUGCAGAGGAAGUUGCAUCUGACUGCCGAUCAAACAUGGUUGAAAAACCAUUAUCAGAGGCUACAUUUUCUGCCUUGGAUGCAGAGGCAGAUGUUUCCAACAUUAAUUUUGUGAAUGAUGCCCAAAGUGAAGUCCAAUCAAGUUCUCCUGGGGAGUUUUCAGCACAACAUAAGAUACGUAUCAGGUUUCAUGAUGAAUAUACAAGUGAUGCUGAGACAAUGUAUUCAGCUGAGACAAUGGAGAGCAGAAAUUACAGCAGCCCAAGGGAGGUGAAGUUGCCUCAAGUUCGCCGGAGCCAGAGCUGUGGGAGUCAUGGCCGCUGGAGUAAUGACCGAAGGAAAUCUUUUUCCAGCCAUGGGCUAACUGUGGAGAGGCAGCAGAGCCUAUUAUCCGGAAGGAAAUUCUCUUCUAGCAGGACACAUGAUUUCUUUAGCCCAACCGUUUCUUCCAUCAUGAAGAAGAGGAACAAUGCUGAGCAGCAGAAAAGCAGAGCGCGAUCUGGUGGUGCUCAGCUGUCUCCAAGAUGGAUGUUUUAAGAUGUUGCUUCAUAGGUGAAAUAGAAAUCAAAUUAAUCAUUAACAUACACACUGUACAUCCUGAGAAUGUCAACUGUUUAUGGUUCAUGGCUAUUAAUUCAAGGCUUGAUAUGUUAAAUACCA